CUCUAACACUCAGUGCCUACUCGUCCUCAGUGUCUCUCGUCCACCUUUACCUCUCUCUUUUCGCUUUUUCCUACUUUUAUGGAUAUCAUCAGACUUUAAGGACGUUUUCUGGAUGACCUGACGCCCAUAUAUGGACAUCUUUGUGGUCUUUGGUGGGAUUUGACAGUGUCUGAGCCAUGCUGCGUGUGUUUAUUCUGUGUGCAGAGCGUCUGCAAACGCCGGACGAUGAUGUCAGCGACUCCUACUGCUCCGUCACCUAUGAAGGUUCCAAGAAGAAGACUAAGGUCAUCAAGAACAACCCUAACCCUGUUUGGAAUGAGGGCUUUGAGUGGGACUUGAAAGGGAUUCCUCUGGACUCUGGAGCUGAGCUGCACUUUGUUGUCAAAGACCAUGAGAAGAUGGGCAGGAACAGGUUCCUGGGGGAAAACCGGCUGGCCCUUCGAGACGUUCUUAACUCUCCCAACCUGGCCGCCUCCUUCACCAUCUCCCUGCUGGACACCAAGAGAAACAACACAGGGGCCACGCUGACCCUGCAGGUUUCCUACAUCCCUCCUCCAGGAUCAGCUCCGAUCUACCAGCCUCCUCACCAGCCCGAGACUCUGCCACAUACCAACCCUGGUGUGGAGCUAGACACCGUCACAAUGAUUUCCCUGGACACUCUCGGCGAAGAGGAUACAGAGAGUAUGAUCAUGGUGGAGCCGCCUGAGGACCAGGGUCAGGAUGACGGACGCUCCAUGGUGAUUGUUGGUCCACAGGGGCCCUCAGAUCAUGAAUCCCCUGCUGCCCAGGUACCCAAACGUUCGCCACCGUCCUACAACACUCAUGGAGGUCUGAGGAAGAGGAGGAGAGGAGGCAGCAGUCAGCCCAAACCACUGCCUAACAAACCACAGGACUUACAGGUUCGUGUACGGAUCAUCGAAGGACGACAGUUGCCUGGCAUCAACAUCAAACCUGUUGUGAAGGUAACGGUAGCCGGACAGACCAAGAGGACCCGCAUCAGAAAAGGCAACAACCCCAUCUUUGACGAGACGUUCUUCAUGAACUUCUUUGAGACUCCGUCAGACCUCUUUGACGAACCCAUCUUCAUCACUGUAUGUGACUCUCGCUCACUUCGAACUGAUGCUGUGAUUGGGGAAUUCAAGUUAGAUGUUGGCACUGUCUACAAUGAGCACAGACACUGCUUCUUGAGGAAAUGGCUGCUGCUGUGUGACCCUGAUGACCUAUCGGCUGGCGUCAAAGGCUACCUGAAGGUCAGCUUGUUGGUUCUGGCCGCUGGAGACGAGCCACCGGCUGAUAAACGAGACUGUGUGGAGGAUAAAGAAGAUAUCGAGGGAAACCUGCUCAGACCGGCCGGUCUGUCUCUGAGAGGAGCCACUUUCACUUUGAGGAUCUUCCGAGCUGAAGACCUGCCACAAAUGGAUGACGCCUUUAUGGAUGGGAUGAGGCAGAUUCUUGGGUUUGACAGCAACAGGAAAAACCUGGUUGAUCCUCUGGUGGAAAUCCACUUUGCUGGAAAAACUAUCUGCACUAAGAUUCUGGAGAAGAAUGCCAAUCCCCAGUGGAACCAGAGUCUCACCAUGCCUAUUAGGUUCCCUUCGAUGUGUGAGAAGAUGAGGAUCAGAAUUCUGGACUGGGACAGAGCCAGUCACAAUGACGUUAUUGGAACCACCCAUCUCUGCAUGUCCAAGAUCUCGGCCCCCGGUGGAGAGAUAGAUGAUGACAUGGUUCCACGGACCGUCCACUCUGGCAUUGAUGACAGUCUCGGGUUCCUGCCGACGUUUGGUCCGUGUUUCGUCAACCUCUACGGCAGCCCAAGAGAGUUCACCGCCUUCAGCGAUCCACACGAGUCACUAAACCUGGGAAAAGGGGAAGGUGUGGCUUACCGAGGUAGAGUCUUAAUGGAGCUAACAACAAAGCUGGCUGACAAACCCGAGCAGAGAACAGAAGACAUAGCAUCAGAUGACCUGCUAGUGGUGGAGAAGUUUCUGAGGAAGAGGAAGUUCUCGCUCUUUGUGGCUUUUUAUUCAGCCACGCUCCUCCAAGACGUCGACGAUGCAAUCCAGUUUGAAGUCAGCAUUGGUAACUACGGCAACAAGUUUGACUACACCUGCCUCCCUCUGGCCUCCACCACCCAGUUCAGCAGGGCCGUGUUUGACGGAUGCCACUACUACUACCUCCCCUGGGGGAAUGUUAAGCCAGUGGUGGUUCUGUCCUCAGAGUGGGAGGAUAUCCAACCCAGGAUUGAAGCUCUAAACAUGCUGCUCACGGUCAUAGACAGACUGGAGGCGAACCUUCAGCGGGUGAGUCUGGAAGUGAAGGCGGGCAGUGACAUGGAGGAAGUGGAGCUCAGGGUGGUGGAGCUGUUGGAUCAGAUCAUCGCAGACUGCAGUGAAGAGCUCCCCUCUCUCGACCACUGGCAAUGUGCGACCUCUCUGGAUCACUCUUUGAGGCACAUUCGAACCCUCCACCUGCAGCAGAUAGUUGCAGGAGCGCUGGCUCUAAAGCACGGACCUGAAACCGACCUCUCAACGGUGCUGGAGCAGGCCGAGGACUGGGCCAGCAGGCUGAGGAGCAUGGCAGAGGAGCCCCAGAACAGUCUUCCAGACAUCGUGAUAUGGAUGCUGCAGGGCGACCGCAGAGUGGCGUAUCACCGCAUCCCAGCACACACUGUGAUUUUCUCUCAGAAUAACUGCGGGAAACACUGUGGACAGCUGCAGACCGUCUUCCUUAAGUAUCCACAGAGCAGCGGUGGAGAGGCCAAACUUCCUGGUCAGCUGAGAGUCAAAGUCUGGUUUGGAUUGGCUGCUGACGUCAAACAUUUCAACCAAUACGCUGAAGGAAAACUGUCAGUGUUUGCUGAGUCGUAUGAGAACCAGACCCGGCUCGCCCUGGUGGGCAGUUGGGGGACUACAGGUCUGACCUAUCCAAAGUUCAGCGACGUCACUGGGAGGUUCAAUCUGCCCAAAGAGAGCUUCAAACCCUCACCAGGCUGGACCUGGGCCGGAGAAUGGUUCAUCAGCCCCGAGAAGACACUGCUGUUUGACGUGGACGCUGGUCACAUGACCUUCACAGAGGAAGUGUUUGAAAACCAGAUGAGGCUGCCAGGGGGGCAGUGGAUCGGCAUGCCAGAGGGCUACACCGACGUGAAUGGAGAGAAGGCAGUGCCAAAAGACGAGGUGGAGUGCCCUCCAGGUUGGUCUUGGGAAGAGGUGGAGUGGAGCGAAGACCUCAACAGGGCUGUGGAUGAUCAAGGUUGGGAGUACGGCAUCACUAUCCCUCCAGACCGCCGCCCUAAAUCCUGGGUCCCAGCAGAGAAGAUGUACCACACAAACCGGAGAAGACGAUGGAUAAGACUAAGACGAAGAGACCAGCAGAAGAUGGAGGCUCUGAGAAAGCAGCGUCCUGAUGAGACAGAGCGGGAGGGCUGGGAGUACGCCUCGCUGUUUGGCUGGAGGUUCCACCUGAAACCCAAGAAGACAGACAGCUUCAGGAGGCGCAGGUGGAGGUGCCGCAUGGAACCGCUGGAGAAGACAGGCCCGGCGGCCAUCUUUGCCCUGGAGUGUUCUCUGAGCAGCAUAGAAGACAAAAAUGAUGACAAGUCCGUCACAACCACGUUUGGAGUCAACAGACCGACUAUUUCUUGCUUCUUCGAUCGUGGCACCCGUUACCACCUGCGCUGCUACCUCUACCAGGCCCGAGACCUGCUGCCCAUGGACAAAGACAGCUUCUCAGAUUCCUAUGCCAUUGUCUCAUUCCUCCAUCAGUCCCAGAAAACGGUGACUGUACGCAACUCUCUGAACCCUACCUGGGACCAGACGCUCAUCUUCUAUGAGGUGGAGAUUUUUGGAGACCCCGAGGUCACCAUGGCAACUCCACCCAAUGUAGUCGUGGAACUAUAUGACUCGGAUACAUACGGUGCGGAUGAGUUCAUGGGCCGCUGCGUCUGUCAGCCUUCCCUCACGUCCUCUCCUCGUCUGGCUUGGUUCCCGAUUCAUUUAGGAGACAAGAACGCCGGCGAGCUGCUGGCGGCCUUCCAGCUCAUACGCAGAGAAAAGCCAGCGAUUCACCACAUCCCAGGUCAAGAGGGGGACAUCAUGACCUCCACCCAUGUUCUAGACGAGUUGAUGUUUCCAGGAUUCCUCACUGAAAACCUGCAGCAAUGGGUCUUAGCCUGGGGUCUCCGUAACCUGAAGAGCUUCCAGCUGGCCAGCGUUACCUCCCCCAGCCUGCAGGUGGAGUGUGGAGGCGUCAUGAUCCAGAGCUGUGUCAUCCGCAGCAUGAAGAAGAAGCCAAACUUUGAUGUGAACAAGCUCAUCCUUGAUGUGAGUCUUCCCUGUGAGGAGCUCUACAUGCCCCCCAUCGUCAUCAAAGUCAUCGAUAACCGUCAGUUCGGGAGGAAGCCGGUGGUCGGUCAGUGCACCAUCCGGGCCCUGGAGGAGUUUCGAUGCAAGGUAGAGGAGGAGGGAGAAGCUGAGGAGGAGGAGGACGACCAGGGAUGGAGACGUGAGAGGCCCCAUUCAGUUGGUGGGGAGGUUUUUAUUGACAUUGAUGAUGAGGAGCCACUCAUGCUGGACCAGGAAGAAGAGUUCAUGGACUGGUGGAGUAAAUUCUACGCUUCAACAGGGGAGAAAAACAAGUACGGGACGUACCUGGAGAGAGGGUUUGACACCUUGAAGGUGUAUGAACGAGAGCUGGAGAAGGUGGAGGGUUUCGAGGCUCUGUCAGACUUCUGUCAGACCUUUAAGCUGUACAGAGGAAAGACUCAGGAUGCAGGAGACGAUCCUUCGGUGGUGGGAGAGUUCAAGGGCAUGUUUAAGAUCUACCCACUGCCAGACGAUCCCUCCAUCCCACCUCCCCCGAGACAGUUCAAAAAGCUUCCUCCAAACGGCAUCGAGGACUGCUUGGUCCGAGUCUAUGUCAUUCAGGCUCACAGCCUGCAGCCCAAAGACGCUAACGGGAAGUGUGACCCCUACGUGAAGAUCACUCUGGGGAAGAAGACCAUCAAUGAUCAUGAAAACUACAUCCCCUGUACUCUUGACCCGGUCUUUGGAAAGAUGUUCGAGCUGACCUGCUCCCUCCCUCUGGAGAAGGACCUCCGGGUGAUGGUGUACGACCACGACAUGCUGAGCAAAGACGAGAAGAUCGGGGAGACGGUGAUCGACCUGGAGAACCGCUUCCUGUCGAGAUACGGAGCUCUGUGCGGCCUCCCUCAGUCCUACUGUGUGUCUGGAGUUAACCAGUGGCGUGAUCAGCUGACACCUCGGCAGCUGCUGCUUAGAUUUUGUGAGCGGAGAAACCUCCCAAAACCCGUGUACCAAGACGACGUGGUCCACUUCAGAGGACUCCAGUACACCACUGCAGACCUCGAGGACAAAAAUGUGCCCAAACAUCACCUCGGUCCCAUUAAGGAGCGUCUGUCCCUGCACAUCUUGAGGAAAAUGGGUUUAGUACCCGAGCACGUCGAGACCAGGACUUUAUACAGCCCCCUGCAGCCUGAAAUAGAACAGGGGCGUCUGAUGAUGUGGGUGGACCUGUUCCCCAAGUCCCUUGGACCUCCAGGACCCCCGUUCAACAUCACACCACGCAAGGCUAAGAAGUUCUUCCUGCGGUGUAUCAUCUGGAACACUAGUGAUGUCAUCCUCGAUGAUGUCAGCAUCAGUGGCGAGAAAAUGAGCGACAUCUACGUGAAAGGCUGGCUGGAGGGACACGAAUACAACAAACUGAAGACGGACGUCCACUAUCGCUCUCUGGGAGGAGAGGGGAACUUUAACUACAGAUUCCUGUUUCCAUUCCACUAUUUACCUGCAGAGCAGCUGUGUGUGGUCGACAAGAAGGAACAUUUCUGGAGUUUGGACAAAGCCGAGACCAAAGUGGCCCCUAAACUCACCAUCCAGGUCUGGGACAACGACAAGUUCUCCUUUGACGACUACCUCGGUCACCUGGUGAUGGACUUGAACCACAUGCUGCGUCCCGCCAAGUCUCCAGAGAAGUGCACCCUACAGCUCCUGAACCAGCCGGCAGACAAACUGGUGUCUCUGUUUGAGCAGAAGACGGUUAAAGGAUGGUGGCCGUGCACGUGUGAGCAGAACGGAGAGAAGAUCAUCGCUGGGAAGGUGGAGAUGUCUCUGGAGAUCGUCACUGAGCAGGAACACGAGGAGAGACCGGCAGGACUCGGCAGAGAUGAACCCAACAUGAACCCCCACCUGGAGGAGCCUCAACGUCCAGAGACUUCCUUCCUGUGGUUCUCCUCUCCCUACAAGACCCUCAAGUUCAUCCUGUGGAGGAGGUUCAAGUGGUUCAUCAUCCUCUUCAUCAUCCUCUUCUUCAUCCUCCUCUUCCUUGGUGUCUUCCUCUAUUCCUUCCCGAACUACGCCGCCAUGAAGAUGGUCGCUCCGUUUGGACCGGCGAAAGCAGCCGAGUGAUGGAGGAGGAGAUGAGAAAGAAAAGACUGAAAAGUAAAAAUGAGAAACAACUUCAAGAAACUUGUGAAAUGAGGCUAAACAUUUCUGAUUUAUCCCUGAGUCUCUAUAAUGAUUUACGUCACGAUGCUGAGGUUGAUCAGAGUUUUGCUGCAGUGUUGAACUUGUGACCCUCCCCAGACUGCUUGGAGAUAAGUUUACAUGCUUAAAAAAAAAAAGAAAAGCAAUUGCACCCAUGGUUCACAAACUCCUCAAAUUAGCGUGUUUGUGUCCAUUUUGUGCCUUUCCCGUCAGAUCACUGCGUCUCCAUUCUUCACAAACUCCUAUUUACCGUAGCCGACGCUUACCCGAACCCACCAUCAGAUCUCAGCAGGUGUCGCCCGCCUCCUCGUCAUCUUCUGCGUCACGUCUUUCAUCCCUCGCUCCGUCUCGUCUGCGCUCAUGCAGAGAAGAGGGGAGGAUAAUAAACGCCGCCGCCAUGUUGGAAGAAGCAGGAAGCAGAAUCAAAGGUUGUGAUGUUGCUGUCUGAUCUUUCUACCUCCUGCUGUGUCUGCAGCGGGUCAGGCAGCGGUGACGGAGCGCUUACAAAACUUUAUCUCUUUAAAAACUCUGAAAAAGAAUCUUUAGAUAUGAAGUUUUGCCUUUAUUGUAAACACAAUGUGCUGCGUUUGAGUGCAAUCAGACAUCUUAGCUGUAUGUUUUCAGACUGGAUUUUUAUUGCAUUUCCUUCCAUUCCUCCUCCACUCUUCCUCAAACUUUUAUUCUCUUCCUUCCACUUUAUCUCUCCUCCUCUCUUUAGCGUCUCCUCCCAUUUUCCAUCUUCUCUUCCUUGUUUCCUCCUUUCUUGCCCUGCUUCCUUUCUACUUUUUCUGUCUUCUCUCCUCCUUCCAUCCCCCCUAGAUUAUUUCUCUUCCCCUUUACCCUGUUCUUUUCCUCCUUUUCCUCUUCAGGUUAGAGAUAUACUUGCUUUUAUAUUUGUUAAAAUGGGCGCUGGCAUAUACAGCAAAUUCAGAAAGUAUAUGAUACUUAGGCCGGUCGCUGAAGUAUACUUACUGACCUGAUAGGCCAGUUGGAUCACAUCCAUCAAGGCAAUCACCAUUACUGGAGCCACUACCUGAACUAAAUCUGUGCUGAAGCCAGUUGGAAGAGAGAAAAAUGACCUCCAAAUAUGGCUAUGUGGUGCUGAACCAAACACAUUUGCCAAGUCUAAAAAUACAAGGGAAUUUCUAUUCUCUACCUUAGCUGCCUGAGUCCGAUGCCAGAUCAUGCUUGUGGUUCUAUGCACCCUGCAAGACCUGGUAACCCUGCCUUCUGCACCAUUGUGUCUAAUAAACUAUUUCUAGCCUCUGUGCCACAACACUUGAUAAAAUCUUACCCUCUACAUUUAAGAGUGAAAUAGUUCUACACUGGUUUAGAUUGGAGGACUCCUUCUCCUUGGGAAUCAGGGAUCCUCCUGCUCUACACCAGGCUCUGGGAUAGUUUCUCCCACCUUUGUAACCCGAGCACAUCAGACCUUUUUGAGACCCGUUGGAAGACUUCAUUUUGCCCUGGGAUGGAAGAAGCCAUUGCACACCUUACUACAGCCUGCACUUCCUUCCUCCUGAGUAGUCCUACAUCAGUACGAAGCUCUAUCUCUCCUAAAGGUGGAAUGUCAGGUGGGAGGCCUAACUCGCCGUACUUCCCUGGAUCUGACUGAGUCUUAAGCUCUCCUCUACCUGACAUAAUAUGUAGACUGCCUCACAUUUCCAUUUCUUGGGAUAUAUUUCAGAUCCAUGUUGGCAACACUCCAUAGACCAGGGGUUCUCAACCUUGGGGUCAGGACCCCCUUGGGGGUCACGAGACACUGAGAUGGGGUCUCCAGUUGCCCUAAAAAAAACCCAAGAAAAUCUUUUCUAUUACACUGUUGCCACUUUACA